GAAGGAGCCUUUUCCGAAGUUCUCAAAUGUCUGAACAAAGACACUGGCGAGCUGUAUGCGGCCAAACGGCUGAAAAGAUUCUACAAAUCGUCUGUUUCUAGUUGUGAGUUUGCACUCAAUCACAAUUUUCUUGUUUCAGGGAAUCGUCGGUUGUAAAGUGUGCAGAAGUGGUGGCUGUCCGGAAAGUGCCGUUUCACUCCAACAUCCUCAACAUCUUCGAGUACCACUAUUACUCGUUUUCAGGUCAGGUAACCUUUAUGUUAGAGCUCAUGGACAUGAGCUUGCAUGAUUAUCUGGAGAAUUGCAAGAAGUCGGAGAACCAGUCUAGGGGCCUAACGGAGCAGAGGGCCAAAGAAUAUCUCUACCAGGUGCUGAGGGGGCUGGAGCAUCUUCACAGAAACGGGAUGUUCCAUCGGGAUGUUAAGCCGGAAAAUAUCCUGAUCAAGUUUCCCUCCAUAGACGGCACGAGCUUGCAGAGACUAAGAAGGUGUGAAAUUAUCAAGCUGGCGGACUUGGGGGCAAUGAGGGGCUUCUACAGCGUCCCCCCGUACACUGAGUACAUCUCAACCCGCUGGUAUCGCUCUCCGGAGUGCCUCCUCUCCAAUGGCCACUACGGCCCUAAAAUGGACGUAUGGGCGGCCGGAUGCGUUUUUUUCGAAAUGUUGACAUUGAUGCCGCUUUUCCCUGGCAGUAGCGAAGUGGACCAACUCUACAAAAUUCACAACGUUCUCGGUUCCCCAAGCAUACAGUUUAUUAACAAACUGAAUUCCUGGUCCCGGAAUUGCGUCAUUUUCCCCAAAAUUAGGGGAACUGGCUUGGAGCCGCUUUUGCCGCAAGCGACUCCCCAAACCAGGGGCGUUUUGGAGCUGAUGAUCGAGUACGAUCCCGAUAAACGCAUCAAUGUGCGUAGACUCCUAAAGAACCCCUAUUUUGACAGUGUCCGGUACAAGUUUGAGCCCACGAUGGAAGGCCAGCCAAGAUUCGCGUCCUAUAAAAUUCCAAAGUAUGGAAAGAGACGCCAUGGCGAUGUUACAGCAGUGAAGCCAAAAAUCAGUAAGCGAGAGCUCGUGCCGGAUGAGGCAAAACGUCGCUAUCACUCCAAGGGUGCAACACCCUCUAUCGAAAUCCCCUACUAUUCCGCUGCCACGAGCUCUGGAAAAGGGAAGCAGGUGACUUUGCCAUUAGUGGACCACAAAAUUUCGCGCUGCGUCGAUAUCAACCGCGUCGAUUCCUCCGAUUCCAACAAGAGCGGCCUAUCAAGGAAAGGCGGCAUUAGGAAGAGCGUGGAACUUAUCCUGAAGUCUUCCAAAAAUUCCGCAUCAAGCAAGCAUUCGAUUUCGAAGGAAAAGGCCGACCCCCGAAGGUUUUAUUCAAAGUCUCUGCCCAUUCCAAGAAGAGCCCGCUCUCUUGAAGCUCGACCUAUUUUAUCCAGUCCAGAAGUCCAAAAUUACUGUAAAGAGCAAUAAACCUUCCACAUGA